CUCCCUGAGCUCCAGAGAGCUCGGCUGGGCCCCAGCACUCCCACCUCCUCAAAGCCAUGAGGCAGAAGUGUUCUCCUUAUGUGACUAGGCACAGGUUCCAAGUGGGGAGGGGACUGGCUCAGCAUCCGGAGCCAAAAUAGGAAUAGAACUGGGAGCUGAGCCUGGAGCUGUUCUGGGCUUUUGGUUCUCUGCAUCAACACAGCCAGCAUGCCUAUGAUUUCUGUGCUGGGCAAAAUGUUUCUGUGGCAGCGUGAAGGGCCUGGAGGACGAUGGACUUGUCAGACAAGUCGCAGAGUGGCCUCGGACCCCGCUUGGGCUGUGGAGUGGAUCGAACUUCCUCGGGGCCUCUCUUUAUCUUCCUUGGGAUCUGCUCGGACCCUCAGAGGCUGGAGCCGGUCCUCUCGCCCUUCUUCCGUGGACAGCCAAGACUUGCCGGAGGUGAAUGUUGGAGACACAGUCGCGAUGCUGCCCAAGUCCCGGAGAGCCCUAACUAUCCAGGAGAUUGCUGCGCUGGCCAGAUCCUCCCUGCAUGGUAUUUCCCAGGUGGUGAAGGACCACGUGACCAAGCCCACUGCUAUGGCCCAGGGCCGCGUGGCUCACCUCAUUGAGUGGAAGGGCUGGAGCAAGCCCAGUGACUCUCCCACAGCCCUGGAAUCAGCCUUUUCCUCCUAUUCGGACCUCAGUGAGGGUGAACAAGAGGCUCGCUUUGCAGCAGGAGUGGCCGAGCAGUUUGCCAUUGCAGAAGCCAAGCUCCGGGCGUGGUCUUCGGUGGAUGGUGAGGACUCCACCGAUGAAUCCUAUGAUGAGGACUUUGUUGGGGGAACUGACUCAGACCUGGCUGGGCAGCUGCCCCUGGGGCCCCACCUCCAGGACCUCUUCACUGGCCACCGGUUCUCCCGGCCUAUGCGCCAGGGCUCCGUGGAACCUGAGAGCGACUGCUCGCAGACCGUGUCCCCAGAGACCCUGUGCUCCAGUCUGUGCAGCCUGGAGGACGGGUUGCUGGGCUCCCCAGCCCGCCUGGCUUCCCAGCUGCUGGGCGACGAGCUGCUCCUCGCCAAACUGCCCCCCAGCCGGGAAAGUGCCUUCCGCAGCCUGGGCCCAUUGGAGGCCCAGGACUCGCUCUACAACUCGCCCCUCACAGAGUCCUGCCUUUCUCCCGCCGAGGAGGAGCCAGCCCCCUGCAAGGACUGCCAGCCGCUCUGCCCGCCGCCAGCGGGCAGCUGGGAACGGCAGCGGCAAGCCUCUGACGUAGCUUCUUCUGGGGUGGUGUCCUUAGACGAGGAUGAGGUGGAGCCAGAGGAACAGUGACCCAAAUCAUGCCCGGUGGUGGCAUGUGUCCCCUGGCUGCUGCUGGGGGCAGAGCCUCUGUGCCCAGGCACGGGCAAGGCUUCCAGCAGAGCUCCACAGCCUGGAGGGCUCCUGGGAGCACUCACUUCUUCGUUGUGUGUUUGCAUGAAAGUGUUCAGAGGAGGCAGGGGCCAGGCUGGGGGCGCAUGUCCUGCCCCCACUCCGGGGGUUUGCCGGGGGUUGCCCGGGGCCCCUGGGGCAUGGCUACAGCUGUGGCAGACAGUGAUGUUCAUGUUCUUCAAUCAAAAACACCACAUACACAUUUCCUCCUCGGGUGAUGUGAACCCCUAAGGGGGUGGCUGUGACUGGGCUGUGUGGGGUAGAGUGGGAGGGAGACCUGCCUCCCCUGCCCGCCACCGCUUCUCUCUUCUCCGCUUUUCUCCUCACCUCCGAGUCCAUGUGCAGUGCUUGACAGAAUCACCCCUGCCCAGGGGGCUGGCUCUGGCCCUCCUGGAUCCUCUGGAUUGAGCCGUCCCCCAAGGGCCCCUUGCCCAGCUGGGCUCAUGCUGUGCUUCACCUCCGUCGUCUCUAAAUCUUGUUUUUCCUAAA